AUGGCCUCUACUGCUCCGCUUAUUUUUCCCUUUCUGGAACUGGAUAUCAAGUACUUUGAUCUUGGCCUCCCUAAUCGUGAUGCCACCAGUGAUAGAGUCACAAUUGAAAGUGCAGAAGCUACUCUUAAGUACAAUGUAGAAAUCAAGUGUGCAACUAUAACUCCUGAUGAAACUCGUGUUAAGGAGUUCAACUUGAAACAGAUGUGGAGGGGUCCAAAUGGGACAAUCCGGAACAUUUUAAAUGGUACUGUUUUUAGAGAACCUAUUAUCUGCAGAAAUGUUCCCCGCCUUGUUCCAGGUUGGACGAGGCCAAUAUGCAUUGGGAGGCAUGCUUUCGGUGAUCAGUACCGAGCAAUUGAUGCAAUCAUAAAAGGACCUGGGAAACUUAAAUUAGUUUUUGUACCUGAUGGGUCCAAUGAGAAGCAAGAAUAUGAGGUUUUCAACUUUACUGGUGCUGGAGUGGUAGCUCUGUCAAUGUAUAACACUGAUGAGUCUAUCCGAUCCUUUGCGGAUGCAUCUAUGAAUACUGCCUACCAGAAAAAGUGGCCACUUUAUCUUAGCACUAAAAAUACUAUUCUCAAGAAAUAUGAUGGAAGAUUCAAGGACAUCUUCCAGGAAGUUUAUGAAACUCAUUGGAGAUCCAGAUUUGAAGCCUCAUCGAAAUAUCCCUCCCCAACGGAUAUUAUAUUGGCCAUGACAAGGAAGAAGAGUCCAUCUUUAGUCUGCAACAGAAAAUGUCAGGGUGAUGCUGAUGGGUAUGAUUUAGUUGUUGUUGAUGCCAUGCAUAAAGCAACCUAUGCAAGUAGAAUUUGUCACUCGUGCCGACCUAAUUGUGAAGCAAAAGUUACUGCUGUAGAUGAUCGUUACCAGAUUGGAAUCUAUACUGUACGUAAGAUUCAAUACGGUGAAGAGAUCACAUUGGACUACAACUCUAUUAAGGAGGUUAUUAAAGAAGAUAUGAAGCGAAAGUUAAAGAACACCAAUAUGAAGCCUCUGAGUCACUCUACAUGCUUGAGAGUGCAAGUUUUGUUCCAGAGAUUCUAUGAUAUUGAUGAGAAGUUGCAUGUUUUAAGUGGACUGUCUAUUUCUAAUGUGAAGUCAUUUAUUCCCCAGCUUCGGUCCAAGUCAGCUGAGUACAACCCAGUCUACUUGCAAGGGAGAGUUGAGAACUUUAUAAAUAGACUGGAGGAGUUGUUGCAAGGACUGGACGAUGACUCUCUUGAGAAUUACAGAGCUGGGCAAAUCGCAAAGCUAUUGGAGAAAGAUCCAUCCCUCCAUUAUGAAACCAAUCGAUAUUGGUUAUAG